CCGAUUCUUGGGUCAACUAUGAGGUUAUGAGCUCGGAGGAGGAGAGUGCGGCUGAGCUUAGUGCAAUGUUUGAGCCCUGGCCUUUCGCUGCUUGGGCCUUUCAAAGCUCUAGUUCCUUAGCAACAGCUGUGAUGCUGAAUCCAAGUUCAGUGAGGGAGCAGCUUUUGGAGUGCCCAGAGGGUAUGGCUUUUGCGCCAGGAAGUUUAGCCUCAGGGCUUGCAGAUUGCCAGUGUCCUCAUGGCAUGAUGCCUUCUGGCUCUGGCUCCAGCUUGAGCACUGGCUGUGUGAAAUGCCCACUCAGUUUUUACAAGGCUUCUGUGGGAGACUCACCCUGCACCAGCUGCAGCAUUGGCAUGGAGACACUCCAGGAGGGGGCUGUGUCAUCAUCCGCCUGUUCCUGCUCAGCAGGCUUUGUUGCCCAGGCAGGGGAUUCAUCCACCUGCGAAACAUGCGGGAAGGGCAAUUUCUGCCCUGAAGGAGCUUAUAGAGAAGCCUGUCCAGAACAUCAAACAACGCUUGUGGAUGACGCAAAGACCAAGUCGGAUUGCGUUUGCAAUCCUGGUUUGGUACCUUCAGAGUUCGGCAAUUGCGCUGGACCUUCAAGUGACCAUGAUUUUACUUGUGUUCGCGGCCAUCUUUGCACAUUUGAACAGCUUGUUCCUUUUGAUGGCAUAGGUUUGUCCGUGAACGGUCUGGUGUCUCUCAGGCAUGGGUGUGGUUCUUUGCAAUUUGAGCAGGUGUCGCCAGCAAAUGCUCAUGGCAUUGCUACUAUGAUCGAGUGGCCAGAUGAGGAGGCACCGAAUUCCACUCGCUUUGCUCUGAGUUUCGGGGCUUGGCCGCCCGCAACCGACAGCGUUGGCGGCGCUGACCGUAGUUUGCAUUUGGACGCAGGAGUGUACGAUCUUUGUUGGUGUGGUGGUCCACCUCCUUGUGGAGUAGGGGAUUUUGUUCUUUCUGCCGGCAAGUUGAGGGUGCAAGGCCCUCGUAUGAACCAGGAAGUCAGUUGCUCUGUAGGGCAAACAUGCGCACUUGAGAAUGUGGAAUUCGAGGGGGACAGCGAAGGAGCUGUGAUCAUGGUGUUGACCGAUUGCGGCAUGGGUGAUGCUAUUCCAGGCUUUCCUGGCCAGGGCAUUGCAAAGAGUGUUGACAGCUCAACGUUUCUCUUCUCAGAUGACUCGGCCCCUUUGAGUUCGCCCCCAGGAAUUUAUCGGCUUUGCUUUUGCAUGCCAAACCCUCAUGAAGAUUGUGCGGGGGCGGGUUCCUUCAAAGCACCAGUUGGCUUACUAACCGCGCGCGGGCCUUUUGACCAGCUGAGCGAAUGUGAAGUGGACAGCAACUGCAGUGUGAAGCUAACGGGCAUCGGUUUGGAGAUGAAUGACCUGCUGGUCGUGACGAGUAGCUGUGAAACAGUACUGAGUUUGAGUGGCCUCGUGGUGGGUUCGCUGCACUUGGACAAUUCUUUGCGUGCUCACAUAGGCCAAAUUCCGGCAGAUACGAUGCCUGGGGUCUAUCAGAUGUGUUGGUGCCCCGCCACUUCAGAUUGCUCUAACCUCACCUCAUUCCGAGCAGAGGCUGGCAGGUUGCAAGUUAGUUGCCCCAAAGGUCGUUAUUUUGCUUCAUCAAAAUGUGCGUUGUGUGGGCAUGGGUUCUACUGCCCAGGAGGAACCCAGAUUGCAGCAAAACGCUUCCCAUGUGAAGCGCACGAAACAACAGCUGUGCGGAAUGCUACUUCAAUUUCUGAUUGCACAUGUGACCGGGGCCAUUUCUAUUCUCGUGGCAAUUGUGCUCCUUGCCCGAUAGAUUACUACAAACCGCUUGUUGGCAAUGCCCCAUGCAUGAGGUGCCCUCCAGAAUUGAACACAUACGCAACUGGCUCAGUGAGUGACACUUCUUGUGUCCACGCAAGUGCUGUGGUGGACCAAAAUGCGGUGUCUACGGUUCCUUCAUUGACUUUCAACCUGUCUUUGCUUAGCAACAAAUCCUACGACUUAGCGGGUGCGGGGACGAGCCCACUGCUUGUAGGUAUCAGUAGAAGCAUUUCCCAAUUCAGCAGACUGGACGCGAACUUGAUUGAUUUAAACGUUGAUGAGACUCAGGGUCCAAACUUCGGACAAGGUCGGCGCCUAGCAUCAUCAAUGGUUGUGAAAGUCACCAUGAGGUAUGCAACAGAGGAGGAAGCAACCGAGGCUGCACAGGAGCUGGAUGUCCAACUUGUCUCGGAUGAAGUCAUGAGCAGCCUCCGGACAUAUCCAGAGUUUUCUGAUUUCCUUGUCAAAGCAUUGUCCGAGCCAACCAAAUCAUCCACCAUUAUACAGUGCCGGACCAAUGCGGCGAAACCACCGGGCGUAAUGAUUCGGAAGCUAGAUGAUUGUCUUUGUAUGCCGGGCUUUGGCUACGAGGAGACGCUUCAGAGUUGCGAACUUUGCCCGCUUGGAAAAUACAAGAGUACACUUGCAAACAAAGAUUGCACAAACUGUGAUGACACAAACGAGAAGUCAACUCUUGAAGUUGGCGCCAGAUGGAUUGAAGAUUGCAAAUGCCGAGCUGGAUCGUUCAAUGACAGUGCACAUGGAGGCUGUAUGGCUUGCACAGUUGGCAGUUACUGCAAUGGCACAGGAACACAAUUUGAAUGUCCUCGUCACUCUACCACAACAGACAGUCGAUCACGAACAAUAUCCGAUUGCGUGUGUGAGGCAGGAUAUCAGCUGUCAAAACGCGCGCAUUCAUCCGAAGACUUUUUCUGUGAGUCAUGUUUGCAAGGUUUCUAUAAGCCGAAUGCAGGCAAUGACACAUGCUCGCUUUCUUGCCCCAAGAAUGCACUCUCUAUUGUCGCAGCAACCUCAAUCCGUGAUUGCUAUUGUUUGACUGAUCACCACGCAGAGCUCGACGAUGCUGGCAAUUUGUCCCGCUGUGCAGGAUGUAGUCGCUACAGCGGCUUGCGUUGCCCAGGACACUUUGAGUUAGCUGGUCUACACGCCCAACCAAGAGCACAGGAGGGUUGGUUCCAGACAGGCAACACGACUGCCGUCCAGUGCCUGGUUGAGUUGCCCAAUGGAGCUAGUGCGUGCCGCGGUUCUGCUCAGUGUGAGAAUGGCACACACUGCUUUGUCAACAAAUGCGUGGAUGGCUCAACUGGAAUGCUUUGCGGUGAAUGCCCCGAAAACUACGCUAGGAGCAAGUAUUUGCAGCUUUGCAAGAUGUGCCCGGACUCAGACUCUGGCUUGACUAUGGCCAUGAUGGUGCUGGCAGAUCUUGGACGCAUAACCUCUCUCAACUUUGCAAUGGCCUUACUGGCGGCCCAAGGAGCUGGAAAUGCUCUCAAGCUUGACUCUCCUAUGAUUCGCGUAGUGCAGAGCUGGAAAGAUGCAUGUAGCAUCCUUUUGAGCUUCAACUUGAAUCGCUUGCUACCGCUGAGUUCUGCAAGGGCAGAUACCGAAUGCGAAGAGUGUGACGAGCAGCACCAGCAAAGGUUCCAAUGGCCAAUGGAAAUCACCGCUGCCAUGGACUUCGUUCUCUCCUUGGUCUCCCUUGUUCCCGAGGUGAAUGUAGAUUUUGCAAUUCAGUGCCACGCAGAAGCCUUGCUUCCUGGCAGUAUGGCGGCCAAGAGGCUCGCGCCUGCCCUCUAUUACCUUUUCCUUCCCAUUUUGUCUGCGCUGAGCACAACUCUUCUUUGCGCCUUUGUGGUGUACGUUGUGGUCCCUUUGGCAAAACUGAAAGGCAUUCACUUCAACGACGCAGAUAAGGAGACUGCAAAACGUGCAAAGUACAUUCGUAAAGUGGUGAAACGGGCACACGAGCGGCCGCGCCCAGAGAAUGCUGAGCUUGUGUUUGCCAACGUCCUGAGUGAAAUAUUGGCAAAGAAUAUCAAAGACGCCAAGCAGCAAGAGGUCGAGAAGCGUUUGCAAGAUUCAGAAGUGGAAGAGAUUUUGAAGCAUGUGGCCGUCAAAGUCGCGGAACAACGGGAUUCUGAUGUGGAAGAGCUCUUGAAGGAAAGGGCUGUGGAAGCUUGGAAGUCGAGGGAAGAAGGUCAGCGCCACCAAAACCGUACAUGGAGCAGCUCUUCAGCGCCAGAUAGGACAGAAAUCCAACUUUGUCCAAACCCGGCUCCUGUGGAAUUUCAUCUAGGAAUUCAGGAGGAGAGUGAGCGCGAGCCGAUCUACCACGGCUGUGAUACGGUCCAUGAAGCCAAGGCCGCUCAGUUUAAGGCUCCGGUUGAGGCAGGGGAACGGGAUUUCGGGCUCUUCACAGGCUUUCCUCGGCCAUUGAAAUUGCUAAGUGAGAGUGUCCCUGUGCUGUGGUUGACACAGCUGGCGCUUUGGCCGCAACUCCUGACAAAGUUUUUGCAAAUGGUGCGGUGUUCCCCAUUCUUGGAAGAGAGGGAGGGCAGUGUGCAACCAGUGCACCGUUUGCUUCCGCAUCCGGAUGUAGAAUGCUACACCGAAGAUCACGACUUGGCAAUCGUUGCAUGCAUAGGCCUUUUGGUUUGGUCAAUGGGCGUUCCUUUGCUCCUGUUCGCGCUGAUUUGGCGGCUGGAUGAGAGACAGGACCCUGAAGCCUGUCGAAUCUACGGAUAUUUUAUCCAGGGCUUGGAUCCAGCAUUCUGGUAUUGGGACAUUGUUGUCAAGAGAGCUGACAUCUGCUUGAUGCUAGUGGUGGCCUACACCACUCUAGCAGAUGAUGACAACGCCAAACUGCUGCUGUUCCCAUUGAUUUCAGGCCUGCAGCUUGGAAUCACUGCGUGGACGCAACCAUACAAAAACUCACAAGCUCAGGCCCUAGACUCCUUGGAGUUUGUGCUUCUGACCAGCAGGUUCGUGUUGUUUAGCGCCGUAGCGGCCCUGCUAAUUUUUUUCCCUUCUCCAACAAUUUUGCGAGCUGGCGGAGCUAGCCUGUUGGCGAUGUUGAUGAUGAUCGUUGCCUACUCUGGCCUGCAUAUCGUUGCGCACUUCGUUCGCAGCGCAGCAGCUGAUUUGAAAGAAAUUGAGAAGAAGACCAAGGACCAGGAGCCGCCUGCUGGACUUGUUGCACGUAUCUUGAGGUUUGUGAGCAAAGUGAAGGGGCGAGCGGUGAAGAUAUUGGAGCCGGUUCUUUUGCCUGACGAGCAUCUCUUUUGCGCAUGGUCACUUCACAAGGCUGUUCCAGCACUGGUGGAGAAGCAUGCAGAUCGUGGUUACUCGCUGCUGUCGUUUGGAGGGUUGUCAGCGCGAGUGCUAAAAACUGACAUGGCAGCCCAACGGCAGACAAUCUCAAAGGCCUUCCAUGACUUCAGUUUGCUGUGGAUGCGCCACUCCACUGCGAAAGGUUUUCCCAGCAUCAACAUGUUGUGCGCCCUCGCAGUGACGAGACGCGACUUGCCCAGAAAACUUUCCACUGAAGAACUCAGCAAGAGUUGGGAGCGAACAAUUAGAGCGUUACAAGACGACAAACGAAAUUUGCAUUUAGUUGGUCAGGACGAUGCCGGCGGUGCACCUUUGUGCGACGACGAUUUUGCGAAUGCUGUCCACUACUUCUCGUUGCUGACGAAAGAGAUGGCUGAGAAGGUGAUGGAUGCGGUGCUGAGUAUCUUUGAGUGUGGCGCUGGUGACCCUGAGGAGUUGACACAUUCCAACGUGCAAAAUCAUUCAGAGCGAACGGGAGAUGAAUGUGAAUCCAAGAUGAACGUGGCUGUUUCCUCAAUUUCGGUCAAUUGUGCCUCAAGUUCCGCUGAUGUGGUGGUGGUAGUACCAGACCACCAUCCGAGUGAGGUGGUGCCAUUCGCUUUGGCAGAGGCCGACAGCCUGCAAGAUGCAGAGAAUGAAGUUGCGAAGCCAACACGAAGAACCUUGCGGCCGAAGCAGCGCGCGAAAGGUAAAGCCAAAGCAAACCCAAAGAGAGGGCAGAUUGGCUACAGGAGGAAUCCGAACAGGGGCAUGGACCCACGAAGCCCAAGUCAGAUUCAGAUCACUGUUUAGGACGACGCGUGUAUUCCUUUCUACUUCACGAAGUGAAGCAGUUAGGUAUUUUGCAUUCCAGGCAGGUCCAUUGAAGUGACAGAUUGGGUGGAUUGGUGGUUGAAGCUGAUCCCCAGCUGGUUUGUGACUCCAACAGCAGACUUGCAGAAAAAACGCCUAGUUUCUGAAGCAAGUCCAACAGCAACCACAAUUUGUGUCGGCGAAGCAGCUUCAAGUUUGUGGAGCAUGAUGUGUGACGUGUGGUUCGUUUGAAUGUACUGUAAGGGUGCGAAAACUGUGCAACGUGUUGAUGCUCCUCACAAGAAAAAACAUCACUUGCACUCAUGCACCUGCGUGCCAUAAGUCUGAGAUUUGCUGCACCACCGCUGCACCCAUGAGACUUGAAGGCAACGUCCUUUGAAGUGAUGUAGCGUAGCUGUUGACACGCAUUUGUUUACUUGUGACUCAAAUCGAAACUCACUCAGCACUUGCACCUCAGGGACUUUGUUUUUGUGUUUUCCUGUUUUCCUGUUCCAUGCAGUUGUGGACAACAGCUUCAAUUACAAAGCAAGGCAUCUUAGAUGCCCAAGUAGGCACACAUGUUAGUUUCUAGCGGGCUUGCGCAGCUGCAUGCCCUGCCUCCGAUUUGUUUGCUGCCCCUGUUUUGUUGACCGUCCAUUAAACCCAUGAGACAUGAGGGCAAUACCUGUCACUCUUGGCUCACUCAUCAACCGGUGUAUUCGUGUUGGUUUUUGAAAACAGUGGCAGGUUGGAGCCGCCGCGCGACCUUUUUAUUCAAGAAGGGCAUUGGCAUUGACCUUUAACGUAUUUGGCUGCUGACACGCAUUUGUUUGCAAACUUGUCGCCAAUUCAAGCCUCACUUCAUAAUUGCAGGGACACUUGCUGCUCAUAUCCAGGGUUGUCCUGUUUCACGCAGAUGUGGACAGCAGUUUAGCUUCGGAACGCUUUGGUCUUCUUUCAAGGCUGCACCACGAGCGUGCAGUUCAAUUCGGGCAACGGCCUUUGAAGUGAUGUAGCGUAGCCGUUGACACGCAUUUGUUUACUCGUGACUCAAAUCGAAACUCACUCACCACUUGCACCUCGGGGACUUUGUUUUUGUGUUUUCCUGUUCCAUGCAGUUGUGGACAACAGCUUCAAUCACAAAGCAAGGCAUCUUAGAUGCCCAAGUAGAAAAACAUGUUAGUUUCUAGCGCGCUUGCGCAGCUGCAUGCCCUGCCUCCGAUUUGUUUGCUGCCCCUGUUUUGUUGACCGUCCAUUAAACCCAUGAGACAUGAGGGCAAUACCUGUCACUCUUGGCUCACUCAUCAACCGGUGUAUUCG